GCUACACUGUCCAGCAUGCAGCAGCCACCGUUCCUCGUCGGUGCACCCGUCCUCCUCCUCCUCGUCGUCGUGUCGUCGUGUCCGCUGCUCGCCUCCGGCGCCGGCGACGGCGCGGCGACCUACAUUGUGUACCUCGACCCCGCCCUGAAGCCGUCGCCGUACGCCACUCACCUGCACUGGCACAAGGCCCACCUCGGCUCCCUCUCCGUGGACCCCUCGCGCCAUCUUCUCUACUCCUACACCUCGGCGGCGCCGUCCGCCUUCGCCGCGCGCCUCCUGCCGUCGCACGCCGCGGCGCUCCGCGGCCACCCCGCCGUCGCGUCCGUCCAUGAAGACGUGCUCCUCCCGCUCCACACCACCCGCUCGCCACUGUUUCUCCACCUCCCGCCGUACGAUGCCCCUGAUGCCGACGGUGCGAGCACCGACGUCAUCAUUGGCGUGCUCGACACCGGCGUCUGGCCCGAGAGCCCCAGCUUCGGCGACGCUGGAAUGGGCCCGGUGCCGUCGCGGUGGCGCGGGAGCUGCGAGACCAAUGCCACCGACUUCCCUUCCUCGAUGUGCAACCGCAAGCUCAUCGGCGCGCGCGCCUUCUUCCGGGGUUAUGGGGCGGGUGGCAGCGGGAACGCUUCCCGCAUCGGCGUCGAGUUCUCCUCGCCGAGGGACCACGACGGUCAUGGAACGCACACGGCGUCGACGGCGGCCGGCGCCGUCGUGGCCGACGCGGGGCUCCUGGGAUACGCGCAAGGCACGGCCCGGGGCAUGGCUCCCGGUGCGCGCGUCGCGGCGUACAAGGUGUGCUGGAGGCAGGGGUGCUUCAGCUCCGACAUACUCGCCGGCAUGGAGAAGGCCAUCGACGACGGCGUCGACGUUCUCUCGCUGUCUCUCGGUGGCGGCUUGUUCCCGCUCUCGCGUGACCCCAUUGCGGUCGGUGCGCUCGCGGCCACCCGCCGUGGAAUCGUCGUGGCGUGCUCCGCGGGGAACAGUGGGCCGGGGCCGUCGACGCUGGUGAACACCGCCCCGUGGGUGAUCACCGUCGGCGCGGGCACGCUCGACAGGAACUUCCCCGCGUACGCCGAGCUCGGAAACGGCGAGACCCACGCUGGCAUGUCGCUCUACUCCGGCGACGGGCUCGGCGACGACAAGUUCCCACUCGUGUACAACAAAGGCAUCCGCGCCGGCAGCAACGCGAGCAAGCUCUGCAUGGAGGGCACGCUGGACGCGGCGGCGGUGAAGGGCAAGGUGGUCCUGUGCGACCGUGGCGGCAACUCGAGGGUGGAGAAGGGGCUGGUGGUGAAGCAGGCGGGCGGUGUCGGGAUGGUGCUCGCGAACACCGCGCAGAGCGGCGAGGAGGUCGUCGCCGACAGCCACCUUCUCCCCGCGGUGGCCGUCGGAGCCAAGAGCGGCGACGCCAUAAGGAGGUACGUGGAGUCAGACGCCGACGCGGAGGUGGGUUUAAGCUUCGCCGGCACCGCGCUCGACGUGCGGCCGGCGCCGGUGGUGGCCGCGUUCAGCUCCCGUGGGCCGAACAGGCAGGUGCCGCAGCUGCUCAAGCCGGACGUGAUUGGGCCGGGCGUGAACAUCCUCGCCGGCUGGACGGGGUCCGUCGGGCCGACCGGGCUGACCGUCGACGAGCGGCGGCCGCCGUUUAACAUCUUGUCAGGAACAUCCAUGUCAUGCCCGCACAUCAGCGGCCUCGCGGCCUUCGUCAAGGCGGCGAACCCGGACUGGAGCCCCAGCGCCAUCAAGUCGGCGCUCAUGACCACCGCCUACACCGUCGACAACACCGGCUCGCCUAUCCUCGACGCCGCCGGCGGCAACAGCACGGCAACGCCGUGGUCCAUCGGCGCCGGCCACGUCGACCCCGUCAAGGCCCUCUCUCCGGGCCUCGUCUACGACGCCUCCGUCGACGACUACGUCGCCUUCCUGUGCUCCGUCGGCACGUCGCCGCAGCAGGUCCAGGCCAUCACGGCGGCGCCCAACGUGACGUGCCAGCGGAAGCUGUCCAGCCCCGGGGACCUCAACUACCCGUCGUUCUCCGUCGUGUUCGGCCGGAGGUCGUCGCGCAGCAGCGUCAAGUACCGGCGCGAGCUGACCAACGUCGGCGGCGACGGCGGGUCGGUGUACACCGUGCGGGUCACCGGGCCCAGCGACAUUGCCGUCGCCGUGAAGCCGGCGAGGCUCGCGUUCAAGGCGGCCGGGGACAAGCUGAGGUACACCGUGACGUUCAAGUCGGCGACGCCCCGUGGCCCGAUGGACUCCGCGUUCGGGUGGCUCACCUGGAGCGACGGCGGCGAGCACGACGUGCGAAGCCCGAUAUCGUACACGUGGGGGAUGUGACACGUACCGGCCACGGCGGUAAGCCACGCCGUCGGCCGGCCGGCUGGCCGGCGGCGGUGAAGAGCUCGGUUCCCGAGGCUGGCUGGAAAAAUUCUGGCUUCGUUUAUUUGGCCAUGCAAGAUGGUGGUUGUCCAGGCAAGCCAGGUGCUCAUCAGUCAUCAGUAAUUAAUGGUUCGAUCAUGUGUUAUCCCGUAAUAUCUCUCUUUCUCUUUAUGCUUUUCCCAAAGAAGGCACUAAUUAAGGCAGUUCUAGCUCGUUCCGUGGGGCUGCCAGCUUGCCUGACGGUGUCGCUAAUUGAAUUGCGCUGUGCUGGUACUCACGACGAAGCAAAUUAAGAAAAUAAAACCCCACUUUUGUCAAUCCAAGAAGG